CCACCCCCGAUGGCCUAGUAUUUUCAACGAAACGAUUAACAGACACCUCAAUGACUGAGGACAGUUUCUCCAAGCAGCGUACCCCCAGCGCGGUCGCAUGAGUCCCGCAACAUAGGAGCGGUGCCCAACGAAGGGCCACCCACGCUUCCCCCGCCCAGUGCGAAAGAGGCCGCCGGCCGUAGCUCCGGGCGCGGGCUCUGCCGCUCACGCCGCCCCGCGCUCACGCCGCCCCGCCUCCCUCUCUCCAGGACUUCCUGCUGCUUCUCGCCGACCCCCGCCGCGCCGUUGGACGGACCCGGCCUAUCCCGAGCGCGCUGUUAGCCAGGGGUAGCCGGAAGAGACCGGGCAGCGGGGGAGAGCUGCAGAGGGUGGCGGAGCCCGCUACGCACGCCCAGGGAGGGCAGGGGGAGAGAGGGAGGCAGAGUUAAGCGAGGAGCGCGAGUAAGUGAGAUUGGGUCCGACUUGAGCUCGGGCUCAAGACGGAGACUGGUGGGCCAGGCCCCCAAGCCGGCGUCACACCCCGUCUGAAGAAGACAGGCGGUCACAUGGCUUCGCCAUUCCUGCCUGCGGGAGCCACUACGGGCUACAGCGGCGGAGAGCUGAGCUCGGGGGACGACUCCGUGGAUGUGGAAUCCCUUCAGAGCCCGGAGACCGAGGCGUCCAAGAGCCUGACAGAGCUGUUUGAGAAGGCUGCCGCGCACUUCCGAGGCCUGGUUCAAGGGGCCAGCAGGGAGCAGCUCUUGUACCUGUACGCCCGCUACAAGCAGGUCAAAGUUGGAAAUUGCAAUACUCCUAAACCAAGCUUCUUGGACUUUGAAGGAAAGCAAAAAUGGGAAGCAUGGAAAGCACUUGGUGAUUCAAGCCCCAGCCGAGCAAUGCAGGAGUACAUUGCCGUAGUUAAAAAAUUAGAUCCAAGUUGGAAUCCUCAGUCACCAGAGAAGAAAGGAAAAGAAGCAAAUACUGGUUUUGGUGGGCCAGUUGUUAGUUCUCUGUAUCACGAAGAAAUCAUCAGGGAAGAAGACAAAAACAUAUUUGAUUACUGCAGGGAAAACAACAUUGACCAUAUAACCAAAGUCUUCAAAUCAAAAAACGUGGAUGUGAAUAUGAAAGAUGAAGAGGGCAGAGCUCUACUCCAUUGGGCUUGUGAUCGAGGACAUAAGGAACUAGUCACAGUCCUGCUACAACAUAGGGCUGAUAUUAACUGUCAGGACAAUGAAGGUCAAACAGCUCUACAUUAUGCUGCUGCCUGUGAGUUUUUGGACAUUGUCGAGCUGCUGCUCCAGUCCGGCGCCGACCCCACGCUCCGAGACCAGGACGGCUGCCUGCCGGAGGAGGCGACAGGGUGCAGAGCGGUCACUUUGAUGUUACAGCAGCACACAACUGGCAAGGCUUAAUCAAAAGACUGGAAACCCACAGUCUAUAACAGCACAGGGCUUCAGUGGUGAAAGAAAACUUCAAAAGUAACACUUCUUUUGCCACCCAUCUUUGGUAUACAUUGGCUAAUAAAAUCAGUUGUGCGGAA